AUGGCCUUGAAAUUGGAAUGCCCGUUUAUCAACUCACCCAACUCUCCCACCCACAUCUCUCUUCCUCUCACUUUCUUUGAUGCAGUCUGGCUCAAAUUUCCUUCAAUGGAGCCUCUGUUCUUUUAUCAGCUCACUGACUCAACUCUUCUUCACUUCAACUCGGACAUCCUUCCUAAACUCAAACAUUCACUCUCUCUCACUCUUCUUCACUAUCUCCCUCUCACUGGCAAAAUCACAUGGCCUCCACAUGCCUGUAUACCUACCAUCUCCUACGCACCAGUCGACACCGUUUCUCUCCUCAUCGUCAAAUCUAGCCUAGACUCUAACCGUCUCUCCAGCGAAGAAAUUUCUCUAACUGUACAAAUAACCUUGUUUCCCAAUCAAGGGUUUUGUAUUGGCAUGGCUACACACCAUGCAGUUAUGGAUGGCGAGGCUGCAAUCGCUUUUAUGAAAUCCAGGGCUUAUCUGUGCGCACAACUGGACAAACCCUUCUUUGUCGCCAGAACUUACCCCAUUCAUUUAUCAAACGAUUUUGGAUUGAAUCGUAACUCAGUUCGAGCCACGUUUAAGCUUAAUCGUGACGAAAUAAAGAAACUCAAAGAAAAGAUAUUGUCCAAAGUUGAAGAAAUAAAAUCGACAAAACAGCUUCAUUUAUUGACUUUUGUGGUUACGUAUGCGUAUAUUUUGGUUUGUGUCGUGAAAGCAAGUGCGAUAGAAGGUAAUAGAAACGUUCACUUUUUGUUUCCAGUGGAUUGUAGAAACUGUUUGGAUCCUUCACUCCCUGAAAAUUAUUUAGGCAACUGUGUUUAUUCUCGUGACGUGACUGUUAAAGCAAGUGUUUUCAUGGAAGAAAAGGGGGUGGCAAAUAUCGUGAAGACAAUCAGUAACAUGAUAAGAGAAAUUGAUGAGAAUGGACUUCUUGAAGUUAUGUACUCAUACACUCACAUCAGACAUUCUCAACUUGGCACAAGUUGCAUGUCACGACUGGGGGUUAUCCUCUAUCUUGCCAUCUUUGGCUCAAGGGCUUUCCCCGCAUGCUGGACACAUCCAAGGUAUUGUCCGCUAUGGGUCCUUCUAGCCACGUCUCCUUCAGACCCUCACAGCUUUGCUUCGCUUCAUGGUCUUUUUCCAUCUUGCGAACACCUUCCCCAUGACUUGAACCCUGGACUUAUACGUUGGCCAAGUAACAUGAGUACCAUUGGGCUAAUGCCUUUUUAUUGUCAUGAUCGGGGGCUAUCCUCUAUCUUGCCACCUUCGGGCUCAAGAGCUUUCCUCACACGCCAGACACGUCCAAGGUAUUGUCCGCUAUGGGUUCUUCUAGUCAUGCCUCCUUCAGACCCUCACGGCUUUGCUUCGCUUCGUGGUCUUUUUUCCACCUUGCGAACGCCUCCCCCAUGA